CCAGUCUAGUGGCCAGCAACCACUGAGGCCUUCCUACGCCUUUUCCUCUGCUCUGCCCGGUGCCCGGGCUCCCGUGACUGGCACAGGCGGGUGUGCGGAGCAUGGGACUAUGAAGGCCAUGGAGGGCUACCGGGGCUUCUUGGGUCUGCUAGUGUCUUCACUGCUCCUCGGCUUCUUGGCGGUUAUCUUCACCCUCAUCUGGGUCCUUCAUUAUCGGGAGGGGCUCGGCUGGGACGGGGGCUCCCAGGAGUUUAACUGGCAUCCAGUGCUGACUGUCACCGGCUUCGUCUUCAUCCAGGGCCUCGCAAUUAUUGUCUACAGAUUGCCCUGGACUUGGAAAUGCAGCAAGCUCCUGAUGAAAUCCAUCCAUGCUGGAUUAAACGCCGUUGCUCUGAUCCUUGCAAUUAUUGGUUUGGUAGCUGUUUUUGACUUCCACAAUGCCAAGAGCAUUCCUAACAUGUACAGUCUGCACAGCUGGAUUGGACUGGUUGCCGUCAUAUUUUAUGCUGCACAGCUUCUUCUAGGUUUUUUCAUAUUUCUGCUUCCUUUUGCUCCCCCGGCUCUCCGAGCAUUUCUUAUGCCAAUCCAUGUUUAUUCUGGUCUGCUCAUCUUUGGAACAGUGAUUGCAACAGUACUUAUGGGAGUGACAGAGAAAUUGAUUUUUGCCUUGAAAAGUCCUGCAUACAGGGAUUUACCACCAGAAGCUAUUUUUACCAAUACCCUUGGCAUUCUUAUUCUGGUGUUUGGUGCUGUCAUUUUUUGGAUAGUUACUAGGCCUCAGUGGCAGCGUCCCAAAGAACCAAAUGCUAAAUUUCUUCAGCCAAAUGGGAGUUCCCCGGAGGGUAAUGAUUAUUCUGUGACAGGCGACUUUGGCAAUGUGGACAAAUCUGAUGUGGACAGCGAAGCAGCAACAAGGAAAAGGAAUCUCAAACUGGAUGAGGCUGGACAGAGAUCAACUAUGUAAAGGACUAUUUGCAUGUUGUCUUAUAAUCUCACUUCAAAACAUCUCCAGCUCAGCUGUAUCUAGAUAUGAAGAACCUUUCUGUUCAUCUACAAAGCCCAUUAAAUUUUGUAUCUCUUUAUUCUAACCAGAUGUACUAAGUAGCAUUGCUUAAAAAAAAAAAAAGAUUAUAUGGUGUGGUUGAGUGCCAGAACUGAUCUGAACUGAAAAAGAGCAUGGUCAGUUUGGGGAAGGUCAUGUGAGACAUCACAUAGUAGCUUUUUUCUUCCCGAGAACCAAAGAUCCACCUAGACUGACUGUAAGUUCUCUGGUAGGGAUAGCCUUUUACCAUUUUGUAUCCCCCUCAGGCUCAGCUAAGUGCCUUGCCCAGACCGUGUGCUCAGUCAAUGUUCGUGGGUUGCUUUGAUUGACUAGAAGCAUCCCCGCCCUUAAACUAUAACCCUAGUGUCUGUCAUCUUCAGCUUCUUCUCAGGCCUUCUGAGCUCUGGGGCUAGAUCAGACUGAAGGGAUUGUAUCAGAGUCCUCAAAUGCAGACUUGGCUUUAUUAUUGAGCACUGUCAAUGUCUUUAUAGGAAGCUAGUGAAUAGAGUGCUGGACCUGGAGUCAAGAAGACCCAAGUUCAAACCUAGCCUCAGACUCUUACUAGCCAUGUGACUCUGGACAAGGCACUUAACUUCUGUCUGCCUCUGUUUCCUCAACUGCAAAAUGAGGUUAAGAGUAGUACCUACCUCACCAGGGUUGUUGUGAGGACCAAAUGAGAUAUAUAUAAAAUGCUUAGCACAGUGCCUGGCACCCUAGGUGCUUAAUAAAUGCUUGUUUCCUCCUGUUCUCAUUUCAUAGUAAAAAUAUCACAUAUGGCUAAAGAGAAGUUAGCAAGACAAACUGGGCAUAUUGUGCCCUUCUAUUUUUCCCCUUUUGCUUAUAGGAGAACCUCUUGAUGUAGGUUCAGGCUGGAUCUAAAUUUUGGAAUCCUUGUGAAGUGACUCUGUAGCUGCAGUUGGUCUCAGGAAUCAUGCUAACCUUUGGCCUUUUCCUAGUUUAGAGAACCCUCCAAUUUGGCGCCAGUGCCAGCUUGAGGCUAGUGUCUAUUCUAAGCCAGACAUUUGAGCCUGUCCUAGAACAAGCCUAAGUGCUUGAGGCAUCUCCAAAGUAACCUUUCGCCCUAUAUUUUCUCUUAAAUUGGAGUAACUUGGGAUUUGGCUGCAUGUUGUAUGGAACUUUAUGGACUUAAGUGUACUCACCUCAGCUCGCCCCAGCCCUGACUGAACCUCAGUGAUAUACCAGAAUCAAUCAAUCUAAAGGAGAAGGGAAAUGGAGCAUUUACCUCCUAGAUUUCCUCUUGUGACUGAUUCCCAAAUAGCUAAGAGAUUGGACUUAGAGGUAACUCAACUGGUUUUUUUCUGCCCCCUGAGCGCUAAAAUGGGUUUUCAAAGCCAGAGCUCAGUUGAUUCUAGAUAGUUCCAUGUAAUGUAAUUAUAUUCUAUGUAAUGUUCUGUAGAAGUUCCACCGUUGGCUGUUUUUAGUCUUCUAGAUUUUAGUGUCUGGACAGAAUUGGGUGUGAAGGUCCAGAAGAAGCUUGUAGGAUAAACCAGAGCUAAUGGCUAGGUUUUCUACUCUGUAUGCUCUCCAGAUCUUGGAUGAAUCUCUACAACUUUAUUCCUGAGACCUUAGAAAUGAAUAAGAUCUAGGUCUAGAGGUAACUGCUUAGUCUCUGGAGGUUCCAUUGUGUCCCCUAAAUUGGAACUUGGAGUAGUGAAAAAGCUCAGUACCCACUCAAACUUUUUGUUUGGUUGAUUUCAUUAUUGACCUCACAAGUUUUAUAAUAGCACUGAUAUUACAAAUGCACUUAAAAUGUUUUGAGUUUUUUUGAUGCUUAAUAAGAAAAUUGGCUCUUAUUAUUAGGUAACCAGAAAUUGCUGACAUUGAUGAGAAACCAUCUACAUUUUAUCACAUCCCCUCUAUAAGCUCCCAACCUACUGAUUAGUCUAGUCACUCAAGUAUUUCUUAGGGUGACAAUGAAAUGUUCUAUCUUAUUCUUCCUUUGCUUUGUCAACGCUGCUCCCCAUGGAUUUAUAGCAUUGUCUGAAUAGUGACAAUUUCUAUGAAAUCAGUAAAUAAAUUUAGAGCAAUCACUAAACUGAAUCUAGGUGCAGUAGAGAAACAGAUUGCAGCAUUUCUUGGAAAAAAGUAUACGUUUUUGUUGAUACAUGCAUUGUUUCAAAUACACACAUACAUGAGGGGUUUAAAGGACAGCCCAUUUUGGAGAGGAUUAUCUGAAGCGGAGGUGUCAAACUCAAGGACCACAUGCUAGGAGUCCUUCCAGAAUCAGAUUAAAAUGUAAUUGGGAAAUUUUAACAAGAUAAAUAAACAUAGAUAAUGUAAAUUUGUGGUUUUCUAAGUCAACAUGUGACUGCAGGGAUCUAUUUCUAUUUGAAUUUGACACCACUGUUCUAGUGUACUAUCUCAAUAAGAUUCAUGAAAAGGUUCAUUAAAGAGCGUAUGUUGAGUGAAAACACCUUCCGGGUGAUUUUGGGGGUUUGAAUGCUGAGCCUCAGCAUUUGGGCUUUUUUAUUUUAUAGAGGAUAAAGAAAAUCGGUGUCAGAGAAAAAUUAAUUCUUGAUUUGCCAUUAGACUCUAUUACUAAUUAUUUGGGCCACCAUUUAUCCCAGCCUUUUAUUCAGCCUUUCUUGUAGGCUAAUUCAAGGGUAAUCUUAAGAGACAUUAUAAGAGUAUCUUUUCCUUCUUACAUAGCCUCUAUAAAAAACAAUCCAUAGUAAAAUAUGUCUAGAAAAUCUUUUUUGUCUUAGAUUCCUCUCUUAAUUGGCUUUUGUACUAAUGAUAAUUGCACCUUUAUCUUUCAAAAACUGAUAUUUCCCCUUAAAGGAUCUCACCUCACCACCAAUAUCUCAUAAUAAGUUUAAAAGAAUAGGGGAAAAGGAAACCUUGAAUAUUCCCAAAAUGUGAUUGAAUCUACCCAAAAUAAUUAUAGCUCAUAUCAUCCGCAAAAAUGGUCUGGCUUGGCUCACCCCAUAAUCUAAUUCCAGGAGAGAAAGCUUUAUUUUAACACUUAUUUAAACCAGCACCAAAGUAAUUUCCAACAGUGGUUUUGUUGAGAAAUUUAAAUGAAUAUACUUUUGAAUGAAUGUCAUCAAGUGAUAAUAUCUUCCUGCUCCAUAAAUUAAAAUGAACCCUCGCCAUGUCACUUUCUUUUCUGUAUUUGUAUGGCUUCCUUAAGCCAAGAUGUUUAGGAUGGAGAUCUCAAAACCUGCAAUUAAAUGACAAAGAAACCAACUGCACUUUUAAAGGGACAUACUGGCAAGUGGUUUUGGUUAUAGAGUCCAAAGGAAGAAAAUGUGCACGUCAUUUGGUUUACGCUUUUUCUUCUCUUAAGCUUGAAAUUAUAAGAAAGUAGAAUGGUGUUGACUCCCAAGACUCAGAAAGACAGUAUGCUUUCCAUUGUCUGGUCAACUAUAAUGAUUACUAAUCUAUGACUCCAAAGGGGGGAAAAAAACAACCUUGUGACAAUUGUAAGGUGUUAUAUGAUAGUGAUUUUUUUUUCUUUUGGAAGUGACCAUUUAAAAUAGAAACACAUAGUAUAAUGGUUAUGUUUAAAUCACAAGGCAGUACGAUAGAGCGCAUAAAUAAUCAUUACUUAUCAUGUAUAUUGUACUUUAAAAUGAUGGCAGUUGUUUUAAACUAAGCAAAAGGUUUUCAUCUUGAAAGAAUUCUUUUUAUAUCCAUAUGUUCAUGGGAGACUUUCAAAUGAUCUGAAUAUUUUAUUACUUGUAGAAAAAUGCAUCUAUUUUUCCUGACCUGUUUUUAUAUAGUAAUAAAAGCUAUUUUUGAAUCUUU